AUGUCCCUUAGAAGCAGAUUCCCACAUUUGUACAAUAUGCUAAGCAAACGGCUGUCAGAGACAGUGCUUGGGGUCCUUGAGAAUAUUGGAUUUGUUGCUAACAUGGUUAGCAUGGUUCUGUAUUUCUUUUUUAUGAUGAAACUUCAUAUGCCCACCUCUUCAAAUACUCUUACAAACUUCUUGGGCUCAACAUGCUUGCUUACACUGUUAGGAGGCUUCAUUUCAGACACUUACUUGAACCGAUUGUAUACAAUUUUGAUAUUUGGAUCACUGGAAGUAAUAGGACUGUCACUGCUUACCAUUCAAGCUUAUUCAAAAGAUCUGCGGCCUGAUCUUACUUGCCAGAAGGAUUGUGUCAAAGGUGGCAUAGCACUGAUGUUCUAUGGCUCGCUUUCUCUAUUAGCCAUAGGUGCAGGUGGAGUUAAGGGUGCUCUUCCAGCUCUUGGUGCUGAUCAGUUUGAUUCCAAGGAUCCAAAAGGAGCAAAGCAGCUUGGAACCUAUUUUAAUUGGUACAUGUUAAGUACCACUUUUGGAGCAGCAAUUGGUGUCUCAUUCGUAGUGUGGGUCAGCAUGAACGAGGCUUGGUACUGGGGUUUCUUCAUGGGCACUAUGGGUGCUAUCAUUGGAUUCAUUGCAAUUGCCCUUGGAAAGCCAUUUUACCGCUAUGUACCACUUGGGAGCAGCCCUCUACUGAGAGUAGUGCAGGUUAUAGUGGUCGCGGUCAAAAACCGAAGGCUUUCAUUACCAGAAGACUCUGAUGAACUUUUCGAGAUCAAUGAUAAAGUUAGAGAUCAAUACGAUGAAAAAGUCUCUCAUACCAAUCAGUUAAGUUCACUAGACAAGGCUGCCAUUCUUCCUCAAGGGACUUCUCCAGAGCCUUGGAAAGUUUGCACGGUAACACAAGUUGAGGAAGUGAAGGUUUUGACAAGGAUGUUGCCCAUCUUAGCCAGUACCAUUAUAAUGAACACAUGCUUGGCCCAAUUGCAGACAUUCUCAGUGCACCAAGGGAUCUUCAUGGAUCCGUAUAUUUUUGACAAAAAAUUCCCUUCAGCAUCGAUACCAGUAAUUCCUCUAGUUUUUAUGAUUUUCUUAAUACCAAUCUAUGAGUUUCUUGUGGUCCCUUUUGCUCGAAAAAUCACUGGACAUCAAUCAGGCAUCACACAGCUUCAGCGGGUUGGAGUUGGUCUUGUCCUCUCUAUCGUAUCAAUGAGUGUCGCCGGCAUAGUUGAAGUUAAGAGGAGGGAUCAAGCCAUAAAAGAUCCAUUCAAGCCUAUUAGUCUAUUCUGGCUUUCCUUCCAAUAUGGAAUAUUUGGACUAGCUGACAUGUUCACAAUUGUAGGACUAAUGGAGUUCUUCUACAAGGAAGCGCCCGCUGGGAUGAAAUCACUCGCUACUUCCUUCGCUUGGUUAUCUCUAUCAUUUGGCUACUUCUUGAGCGCUGCCUUUGUCGACAUUAUAAACAGUGUCACCGGGAAGAUCGCUCCAAGCAAGAAAGGGUGGAUAGAGGGUGAUAACUUGAAUGCCAAUAAUCUCAAUCUCUUCUAUUGGUUCCUAGCUGUCCUCAGCACCCUUAACUUCAUUGCCUAUCUGUUUUGUGCUUCAUGGUACAAGUACAAGGAAGAAGACACAACAGAAUCCAAGACUGAAACAAAGACAUAAGAAUCUUUGAAUAUUUGUUGCAUUAAGGCACUGAUAAGAGAA